CUGUCCUUUGUAGACAUCUGUUUCACCUCCACCACCAUUCCAAAGAUGUUGUGGGACAUACAGACCCAGUGCAAAGUCAUAACCUAUGAAGGCUGCCUCACCCAGAUAUAUUUUUACAUACUGUUUGGAGGUUUAGAUGAUCUUCUCCUGAGUGUGAUGGCCUAUGACAGGUUUGUGGCCAUCUGCCACCCACUGCGUUACAUGAGCAUAAUGAACCCUGGACUCUGUAGACUGUUGGUUCUGCUGUCGUGGAUAACGAUGGCCAUGUAUUCCUUGUUACAUGGCUUAAUGGUGUUGCGAUUGUCCUUCUGUCCAGAUUUGGAAAUCCCCCACUUUUUCUGUGAACUCAAUCAGGUGGUACAACUUGCCAGUUCUGACACAUUUCUCAAUAACCUGGUGAUGUGUUUUGCAGCUCUCCUCAUGAGCAUUGGUCCUUUUUCUGGUAUCCUUUAUUCUUACUCUAAAAUAUUUGCUUGCAUUCAUGGAAUCUCAUCAGCUCAGGGGAAGUAUAAAGCUUUUUCCACCUGUGUGCCUCACCUUUCAGCUGUCCUCUUAUUUUGUUGCACAGUGUUAGGAGUGUAUGUCAGCUCUUCUGCUACCCACAACUCACACUCAAGUGCAAUAGCCUCAGUCAUGUACACUGUGAUCAUCCCCAUGCUAAACCCCUUCAUCUACAGUCUGAGAAAUAAAGAUAUAAAGAGUGCUCUGAGGAGAUUCUAUUUGAUGCCAG